UGCUCACCAGAGGUGGGAAGGAACUACAUUUACCCAAGUACUGUAUUUAAGUGUAAUGUUAAGAAACUUGUAUCUUUACUUGAGUAUUUCCAUGUUAUGCUACUUCUUCUCCACUUCAAUUCAGAGGCUCUAAUGUGGAACUGCAGGAGGAGUUUGCAUAGCAGGAGAGCCGCUCAGAGACUACUUUAGAGAGCAAGGUAGGCUCAAUAAGACCAGAAACAGCUACUACUACAAUUGAGCUUCUUCCAAAACACAAUUACCAGAUUAAAAUAAAGCCUCAUAAAGUCAAUUAUUUGAAAAAAUGUAAGAUCCAGUAUAACUGUAUGUCCCAAGACUGACUUUUAAUGAUUUACUUAGGAUACCUCAAAGAUCUAACAUACACCUAAAUACAAUGUAAAGAUACAUUAACUUAACUCAGUUGUUUUGAUUGGUUAAAAUAUUUGACUCUCUUAAAUCACUUCUCACAAUGUCCUGUUGUGCACCAUGAGUGUCUUCCUUUCUUGUCUUUUUUUAUCCCUUUGUUCCCAGAAUGAAAAUAAGAUGUGCCUACUACACACAUAGAUUGAGACACAGGUGCUUCCUGUUCUCUCUGUCUUUGCUGGCGGUGUGUCUGCUCAAGCUGGUCUACAUUAAAGUGACAGUGAGGGACAGCGUCUACAUCGAGCCCUAUGGAAUCUCUGUCAGCUUAUCCAGAAGGCACGACAUCAACUGCACUGCCAUCUACGAGCUGGACCCUGUGGAGAUAGGCAAAGCUCUGGAGAUAAAGCGUAAAGUCAUAGUUGACGUGGACGAUGACAGCACUGUGACUUUGACCUCAGACUGCCACACGUUUAUCAGAACAAGAGGAUACAAUGAGGCUCCGGUGCAGGAUGCAGAGCGCGUCUUCCCAUUGGCUUACUCCCUGGUGGUGCACAAGAAUGCACCCAUGGUGGAGCGGAUUCUGCAUGCCAUCUAUGCACCUCAUAACAUCUACUGCAUUCACUAUGAUCAGAAGUCCUCUCCGGCGUUCAUAAAGGCCCUCACCAACCUGGCUCAUUGUGUUCCAAAUGUGUUCAUCGCCUCAAAACUGGAAUUUGUGCAAUAUGCCCACAUCAGCAGGCUUAAUGCCGACCUCAACUGCCUCUCUGAUCUGCUGAAGUCAGAGGUCAAGUGGAGGUAUGUUAUCAACCUGUGUGGCCAGGACUUUCCUCUCAAGUCCAACUAUGAGCUGGUGAUGGAGCUGAAGCAGCUGAACGGCAGCAACAUGCUAGAGUCCAGCCGGCCCAGUGAACUCAAGAAACAGCGCUUCAGCUUCAAGCACGAGCUGAAAAAUGUGCCUUACGAGUACCAUCGUCUUCCUGUCAAAACCACAGUGCUCAAAGCUGUCCCUCCUCAUGGUAUCGAGAUGUUCAUCGGGAGUGCAUAUUUUGUCCUCUCAAAGGAUUUUGUGAACUACAUUAGCAGCAGCCAAGUGGCAAAGGACUUUCUGGCCUGGUCAGCUGACACAUACUCUCCAGAUGAACACUUCUGGGCCACCCUGGUCAGGGUCCCCGGGGUGCCAGGACACAUUCCCAGAUCAGAGGCUGACGUUACAGAUCUGAGGAGUAAGACACGACUAGUCAAGUGGAACUAUUUAGAAGGAAAUCUUUACCCAGCCUGCACGGGGAUACACAUGCGGAGUGUUUGCAUUUACGGAGCGGCGGAGCUGCGCUGGCUCCUGAACUUUGGACACUGGUUUGCUAACAAAUUCGACCCCAAAGUGGACCCGAUUCUGAUUAAGUGUUUGGAGGAGAAACUGAUGGAAAAACGUCAAAACGUGCAAACAUGAUACCCAAAGGAAGAGUAAAUGAGAGGAGGGAGUAGGUCCAGUAUUUAUUACCUUAUAGGGGAAGGUGCAAAUGGACAUCAGAGUACAUGUUGCACAAUUGUGAGAUGCAGGCACUUUACCAGAGUAUGUCAUUUUGUUAGCUUCUACUACCUAUUUCAUUGGAAACAUUAAUCCUGUUGGUGGUCCACAUUUGAUAAUCACUUUGCAGAGUUCAUACAAUGGGCCUUGCUACAAUUUGGACCCCCUAACACAAUACGGGGAGGUACAUACACUGAGAAAAAUGAAACACUGACUUUAAUUAAAUGUAUUAUGUCAACAGAUUUCACAUAACUGUAUCAGGCCAGUUGAAAGCAAUAAUAUCAAGUUGAACCUAUUAUUUUGUAUUUAAAUGUAAUAUUAUUGCUUUCAACUAACCUAAUACAGAUAUGUGAAAUCGGUUGACAUAAUACAUUUAAUUAAAGUCAAGGUAUCAGUUUUUUCAGUGUGUGAUCCAUCUGUAAUGUUGAAACAUUUGAUCAGUAAUCUUUGAUUUAACAAAGGGAGGAUCAGUCUUCAAAAUGAGGUCUUCUACUUAAUUUAAAAGGUUUACUUUUAUCAGAUUUUAUUCCCUGAGGUAUUUUAAUCGUCUUUGCACCUACAUGCUGCCAUCCUGUCGCAGCAGGUUACUGCCGCCCGCUCCACAUGAUUUCAUUCAUUCUUAUUAUUUUUUAACUUUCAACUACCACAUAAAAGAAGGGUGUCCAAACUAUGGCCAAUGGGCCAUCUCUGGCUCGUUGUCCAUUUUGAAUCGGCCCUCAGCCAAUUCAAAAGGUAUAAUGGAACAUGGUCCAGAUCUGGAACUUUUCCUAUAUGUUGUACUUCUUAAAUAUAUAUGUAUAUAAUUUAUAUGUACUUCUUAAAUAUAUAUGUCAACAGAUAUUUCACAGUAUCAUGUGCACUUAAGCCCACUUUUGAAAUAAAUGCAUAAAAUCAUGAAGUUGAAAACAUUUUCUAACUGAUCUUAGUUAUUAAAAAUAGCCAAAUAACUUAUUUACAUAUCCAGUUUGAAAUAUACCCUUCAUAUUUCCCCUUAUUAUCAGCAAUCUGAGGCUUCUGUUGUAAGGAAUGGGCUGCCAACACUUUUUGUAUCACAAUAAAUGACACCUGAUGGAGAGCUGUGAUGUAGACGGUUUUCUUAAAGCUUAUUCAAGUAUCAAGAAUAAUUGACCUCACUGUAGCGAGUGGCCCAGCCCUUCGUAUGUGUUUCUGUAUGUGGCCCUCAAUGAAAAACGUUUGUACAACCAUGACAUAAAUCAUUGAUCAGUAACAGAAGAAAGAUAAAGUGCCUUUGGCUGACAUAAUGUGUACUAUCGGAGGAAAUGCCAUCCUAAAAACAAGUGCCACUCAAUAUCAGAUCCAGUACAGUGUGGAGUCCACUGACUACUCUUUCACUGAAAUACCAAAGACUCGUGUUUUCCUCGUGUUUCUGUUCAUUAAACACUCCACACAAGCUUGUUUUUAAGGUUCUUUUCUCAUGAAAAUAGAAACGGUGGAGUUUGGAUGGUUGAGAUUUCUGCUGGUGUAUUUAUUGCUGAAUAAAAUUAUGAUGCUCCUUAUGGGAGGUUUGGCAUGAA